UCUUUAAUUUGGAGGAAAAAAACAUCAUGUCUUCAGAAAUAUUAUAUCAAAUAUUAACUGGUCAUCAAUCGGAUGUAAAUUGGGUUGAUUUUAAUGGUCAUCGUAAAUUGGUUAGUUGUUCGAAUGAUCGUACAAUACGAUUAUGGGAAACAAAUGAUCAACAAUAUUUUGAUAAACCAAAACUGUCAACAUUAAUCGGUCAUGAAUAUGGUGUUAAUUGUGUACGUUAUUCACCAUUCGGUACGAUUAUUGCAUCAGCAUCAACUGAUGGUUGUAUUAUUCUAUGGAAUAGUCAGAAUGGUGAACAAGUAUUAAAAAUGAUGCAUGAAUCAAGAAGUGCAAUUAGAGUUUGUUGUUUUUCACCAUCAUCAGCAUUAUUAGCAUCGGGUGCUGAUGAUGAAACAUUAGUUGUAUGGGAUAUUAGUACAAGAACACGUAUAAAAACAUUAUAUAAACAUGAUGCAAAAAUAACUGGAUGUUCAUUUACACCUGAUAGUACAUAUAUGAUUUCAUGUUCAAGUUCAGGUGAUUUAAAAUUAUGGGAUACAAAAUAUGGUAAUGUUUCAUAUCUAAUGACAUAUGAAGUUGCACAUGAUCUUGGUGUAUUAGGUUGUGAUUUUAGUUCACAAUAUGAAGUGAAUGUUGCUGAUGGUCCAUUACAAAGUUUUUAUCUAUUAGCAACAUGUGGUAAUGAUGAUUUAGUAAAAUUAUGGCAUAUAAGUGGUGGUCUAAAUUGUUCAAUACGUUUAUCACAUAAAUUAAUUGGUCAUGAUGCUAAUGUUAAUUGUUGUAAAUUUUCAAUGGAUGGUUCGCUAUUAGCAUCUGCUGGUGGUGAUAAAAUGGUUAUUGUUUGGGAUCCAAAAAUUGGUCAAAUGAUUCAUCGUUUAGAUGGCCAUAAACGUUAUGUAACAAGUUGUGCAUUUUCUGAUGAUAAUAAAUUAUUAGCAUCUGGUUCAAAUGAUCAAACAAUUAUUGUUUGGCAUUUAAAUAAAAUUAAAGCUAAACAUUUUAAUAUAAAAAUAUCGACAAAUCAACAACAACAACAACAUUCAAAUGAAUCAAUUCAUAUGAAUAAUCAUCAACAGAACAAAAAAAUUCAGAACAAAAGUUAUCAAUCGUCAUCGUCAUUAUCAUCAACAAAUGAUAUGUUUAAGAAAAAAUUUCCAACCGAAUGGAAUACUGAUGAUGUUUGUGAUUGGCUUACAUCAUUAGGUUUAGAACGUUAUACGAAAAUAUUUCGUAAACAUGAAAUUGAUGGUCCUGAAUUACUUCAUCUAACACAUGAUGCUUUACUUACAAAUUUAAGAAUCGGUAACAUAACAGAACCUUUAGGUCAUCGUAAUAAAAUUCUACGUAGUAGUUUAUUUCUAAAAAAUCCAUUAUGGCUGAAUACGGAUGAAACGGAAAAAGAACGAAUACAAAAACCAAGUGAAUUUUGUUGUCCGAUAAUCAAAGAAAUAAUGAAUGAUCCGGUUGUCGCUUCAGGUUUUUAAAUAAUUUUUUUUAAUUAUGGACAUUCAUAUGAACGAACAGCAAUACAAAAAUGGAUAUCCGAUGGUAAUGUUACAAGUCCAUUAACCAAUGAAGUAUUGGAUAGUCAAAUAUUAACACCAAAUUAUAAUCUAAGAAGUUUUAAAAAACUUGAUUACAGUAAAGAAUUUAAUGGUAUUGAUUUAUCGGAAAAAGUUUGUGUGAUAACUGGUGGUACACGUGGUAUUGGUCUUGAAGUAUGUCGAUAUUUAGUCGAAAAAAAUUGUCACAUUAUUACGGGAACUUCAACGCUGAAAGAUGAUGCCAAUAAUGAAAUGAUUGAACAAACCAAAAGAAAAUUAUUGACUAAUAUUGAUCCAUUAUCGAUUAAUAAUGCUGACAAUAAGAUUACUGUAUUUCCAUUGGAUUUAUCAUCAAUGAAUUCGGUUAUAAGAUUUGCCAAACAAAUUGAAAUGAAAUUUUCAAAAAUUGAUUAUUUGAUAUGUAAUGGUGGUGUAAUGUUUGUACCAUUCAAUAUAUCAUCGGAUCAUUUUGAACAACAUAUGGCUAUCAAUUAUUAUGGACAUUGUUUAUUGAUUACAAAAUUAUUAACAUUAUUAUCAAUGAAUGAUCAACCAGGUAGAAUUAUUAUCGUUUCAUCGGGUGCACAUCAUGCUAGUUUUGGCCUUAGACUUCAUGAUCUAAAUUCAAUGAAAUUAUUUUCCACUUAUCAUUCAUAUUGUCAAUCAAAAUUAUGUCAAAUAAUGUUUACUUAUCAAUUUAAUCGAUGGCUUUAUUCAUCAUCAUCGAUAAAUUGUCCAAAAGUAACUAUAAAUUGUCUUCAUCCGGGAAUGUGUCGUACCGGUUUGAUGAAUGCAUUCAAUUUUAUUCGUUACAUUGGUUUCAUUCGAGAAUCACCAUUAUUUCGGUCGGCUGCUGAAGGUGCUGAAACAAUAUUAUUUACAACAUUAUCGAAAAAAAUUGAAACAAUUAGUGGUGAAUAUUUUGAAGAUUGUCAACAAAAAAAAUCCAGUCAAUUGUCAUAUGAUUUAUCAAUACAAAAACAACUUUGGCAACAAACAUGGCAAGAUUUACGACCAUGGCUUACAACCGAUGAGAUUAAACAAUUUUUAAUCAAAAUUUAAUCCAAAUCAUUUUUUUGAUUUAUCCAAAUAUAAGUUUUUUUAUGCUCCAAUCAUUCCAUUUUGGCAUAUAAUGUUUUUUAUUCCCAAUAAUUUUGUUCAAAUGGAAUGAUUAUUAAUGACUGAAAUAAUUUCAUUAAUUCAUUAAUGAUGACUUUUGUUCAUUGUUGUGACGGGAAAAUUUCUUUUUUCUCUUUUUUUUGUCUUUCUCAAUAACUCGGGUUUUUGUCUAUUUCAAUAAAAAUUUCAUUAACUAUUC